AUGUCGGAAACACAGCCAGCUCUUGCUACAACGAAGCGCAAGUUUCACAAGCUUGUCGACAGCAUCGCUGCGAAUGCAUCAACAACCUCUCUCGCAAGCUCCCUGCAGCAUUCAAAUGCAUCCACAUCAUCACUAUCACAAGGGGACUCACCUGAGCACCCUAGCAAACGCCCUAGGAGCUCCGAAGCAAGCAUGGAGCGGGACAGGAGCAUAUCAGCAAGCCAAGCUCGCAUACAAGCACUGAAAGACCAGCUUUAUACACCGCGACGACAAGGCACAGUCAGGGUUGUUGGAAAAGCCAUGGCAUCCAGCCCCUCAGCACCGCGCAAAACACCCAAUUUCCAGCCACAUAGUCAGGAGCAAUUCCUCAGCCGCGUCAAAACCUUUGCCGACGUCAAGAAGUGGACGACGAAGCCGGAUGCGAUAAGCGAAAUCGAGUGGGCGAAGAGAGGCUGGAGUUGCGAUACAUGGAACACAGUCGCCUGCAAGGGUGGCUGCGAAAAGCGUGUGGCAGUCAAGCUGUACCCGAAGCGCAAAGACGCGGACGGCAAGGCUAUCGAGAUGAGCGAGGACUUUGCCGCCGAGGUUGACGAUAAGCUCGUUGAGCGAUACAGGGAACUUAUCGAGACAGGUCAUGCUGCGGACUGUUCCUUCCAGUCCAUAGCUGCCGAUGUACCGCUCCUCGAGAACGUCAUCUACCCUGAGCCAAGCAUAAAAGACAUCGUGCAGCGCAUGCCAUCGAACUUGUUCGGUUCGGCAACUCCCCCGUCCUCGCCCUCAGAUAUGGUUGCCUUCGCAUUCGCCCUCUUCGGCUGGUCAGGACUCUCGGAGUCGCGCAUAUCACUUGCAGUCUGUGAUCACUGCUUCCAGCGGCUUGGCCUGUGGCUGUCUUCGGACACGCGUUUGAAAGAGAUGAGCAAGAAGCUGGACGUACCGAUUGAGUCACUUCGUCUCAACCUACUUGAGUCGCAUCGUGAACACUGUCCCUGGAAGAACGCAACAACCCAGAGCAAUUCCAGUGACGGCCCAAUCGCAAACAUGGCGGCGUGGAAGACUCUACAAUUUAUCCUCCUAGGCAAACAGAAGGAGUUGCCAGCCCUGCCUUGCCAAGAACUCGGACACAGCAGGAACAUGGAAAGCGUGGAUCUGGGCAGUGAGGCAGAAUAUCCACGAGGUAGCUUGGACAGCCAUCGCGACGACAAGGACAAGGAAGAGGGAACUGAAUCACUGCAAGGCAAAUGGCAGAAGUUCAAGGCGAAACUGCGACGUACGACUAGCAAGAAGAGCUUGAAGAGCGUCAAGAGCAUGCGCAGCGCCAAGAGUGGGAAGAGCACGGGAACAAGCGCGGAGAAAUAG